AUGGAGAAGCAGAUCACUGGGCACGCAGGGGGGCGGAGCGGGGACCUGAUGGAGCUGCUCGACCCUCCGGAGAGCCGCCAGAGCAACGGCGCCGGCUUGGGGAGGGAGGAGAUCCUCGCUAGUUAUGACUUCCAGCCAAUUCGGAGGUCUGGGUUCGGGUUGUCGCCUCCCGCGAGCCUUGAUGACAGUGGGGGUUGGGCGGCGCCGGAAUCAACGCCCAUGACCUCCCAUUUCGGUGCGCGGGUACGAUUCUUCUCCUGUCUCCUAAAUUAGAUAGGCGGGAUUUUCAGAUUCGUCCUAUUUGGGUUACGAGUAUUGUGAAAUCUUCCGGUUCUUCAACUCAGUGUAGCGGUUGCUUUUCCAGUGGAUAUGGUAUACAUUUUGCAUCUUCCUAGGUAAGCGUCAUAUCUGCAGUCUGGUAUUUCUUUGGAUUGCCGAGUGUAUUCUUUCAUUCUCUGUUCUCUCUUCCAUAUUCAUUAUUUAUCUGAAACGCAAAGGAACUAGGUGCCCUGCAUUGGUGUGAAUAUCCGGUUUAUUUUUCAGAAAUAGGUUGCCAGUGUGUGAAUCGUCGAUUAGUUCUGAGUAUCAGUUUAAGCAGUCUUUUUCGAGUGAUUUGUAUCACGGAUGCAUAAAAUUUCCAUUUUCCAAUGACUAUUAUCUAGAAUACCUUGCAUUACACCAUAAAACUCUUCAACUCGAACAUCUAGGGGACACUCCAAAGAGGGUACCUUAUUUGGGGAACCCUACCCCUUUUUGAGGGAAGUCAUUUGUUUACACAUUAAACGAUCAACAUUCCUACUAGAUUGAUGACUAUUACUUUCCAGUCAAUUCCAUUACAGAUGGAACAUGAUGUGAAGGGGAUGCAUGUAAUAUGUUUUUUUAUGCAGGUAAUAAACACGGGGAAAAGAUAACGCAAAAUAUCCAUAUCUAAGAUUAAUUGUAUUCUCCAUUCUUCAUACUUUUACUUUUGUAUGAUUUAAGGGCAAAGCUUGCCAAAUUAUGAAUUUAAUGUCUAGACGCAGGUUUAACCAUGUUGCUUAUCAAGCACUACACGUUAGAGACUCUCAAGAAGAUAAAGAAAUCUGAAUGUUUGCAUGAAAGGAAUGCAUGUAUGCUAUCGAAACGGAUGGCUGUUUAACCGUAGAUGUAUUUUAAUGUGGAUUAUUGCCCCCAAAUUUUUGUACUGAAAAAAUAAAAAGGUGUUUUAUCCGAAUAUUUGAGGAAAUUGAAUCCAAAUUAUAAUGUUCAUAUUCUGAUACGCUAGUUUAUUUUUUAAAACGAGAUUUGACCUUGAAUCUGUCUUUUGCACUGUGUUGGUGGAGUAGAAGUAGGUCAGUUUUUAAGGAGCCCUAUGCUAGGAAGGAGAAAUAACCCUUGAUAAAACCAAAUUUGUUCAAUGCUAUCUAAAAUUUCAAUCAGAAGUUUUAGGAAUGAACAUCUAAAUUUUAGAGGCUCCAUGCUACGGAUACAAAAACAAAAGGAAAAUAAUUGUUUUUUUCGUGAGAGAAGAUGAAGAUGAAGAUUUUUUAAAUGAUUCAUUCUGUAUUUUUCUUCUCUUCUUUAUGCAAACUAUGGACAGGAUGCUAAUCUAAGAUAUCUCACCUGCGAUGACCAAUGUCUAUUGGGAGCUACUCCUGCAGGGGAAAAAGACCUUUCCCAUGAAAGUCAAAUAUAUUCUGAUAAUUUUCCAAUAAAAAUCAAAAUAUAGAAGUAAGAAACAUUUUUUUUUUAACCUGCAUCCAAGUAAUUGUUUAGGUUUAGUCAUUAUUUUUUCUAUACAUGAAGUGGAAAAUCUUUAUUCCUUCUCUGGCAGUAUAUUACAAUGAACUCCAUCUAAUGCUGACAAGUACUAAUUGCUGUGUGAUUUCGUAUGAACUACACAUUUCUCGUCUUCUAUUGGAUGCAACAUGUAGAAGUUAUCUCUACGACAGCUUUGUAAGCAUAUUCUCCCAGAUUCCCACCUCUCAGUCUAGCCACACUCCUAUAAUUUCCUUCAAGAAGAGCUUAUUUUCUUCUUAACCAUGCUAUUUAGAAUUUAAUGAUUAGUCCGUUGCUUGGUUUAUUCUGCUUCCCAUGUUCUGGGUUAGUAUAACACAGUAGUUCUUCUUUUCUGUCAUUAUUGUAUAUAUCCUGUUCCAUAAAUAUGAAUUAUCUGUUGUAGUAUAGUCCUAUUUACUGUCAGAACCCAGUAAAACAUACGAAAAAGGAAGAAAGAAAUGUGCUUACAUUUGCCGGUAGAUUUGUCUACCCUUGCUUUUGCUCCUUAAAAAGAAUCAAAGGGUGGGUUGGGUUUUUUUUUGGAGGGGAGGGGGUGCAAAAUCCUCGUUUUGUUGAUCACUAAUUUCUGCAUUAUCUCUAUUUUACUCGCAGAACUAUGGUUCCAAUGAAGGACAGGAAUCAUCAAAUGUUAUUUUCGAAAGAAGCAGAGAUUCAUAUGACACAGUUACUGUGGCUGAGGUUGAUAGCACAGUGAAAAAGUAUGCUGAUAUUCUGCUGCACGCUGUGGAAGGUGUCAGUUCAAGGUUGUCACAGCUGGAGAGUAGAACCCACAAGUUUGAAAAUGCUUUGGAUGAACUGAAGUUAUCGAUUGGGAGCACUUAUGGCACAACUGAUGGAAAGCUUAGACAUUUGGACAAUGUUCUAAGAGAGGUAUCUUCUUUUCUCUAUCAACACGCUUUAUAUGCUUGAUUUAUAUUAGGCAGAAUAUACUCUGCGUUCAUUUUACGAGCUGAAGAAUAUGGCUCCAGCUGGUUACACUCCUUCAAGGUUUUUAGGUUUGCUUAUUGAACUCUAGUUUUCAUUGAAAUAAAGUUAAAGGGUUUUAUUUCAGAAAGAGUUCUAGUUAUGUGGGGGCUUAGCCCGGAUUCGUUUCCUGAGGCCAAGAAGAAAUCUUUUACUGUUUUUAAUUUUUUUGCAUUGAUGAACGCUUAUUUUCAUCGAAAGAAAGGAGGGUUUUGUCAAAAAAAUCAAGUCUAGCUAUGUGCGUGGUGCGUUUUGAUCAUUUACCUGUAGUUAGGCAAAACUGAGAGUUUACUGUGUCUUGUCAUUUUUUGCAAGUGAGGGUCUUCACUUGCAAGUGAGUCCACAUCCUCUGCUCUCUUUCUCUCUCUACACACACACACACACACACACAAAUGCAGCCACUUCUACACCUGUUCCCACAUUUAUGCAGUCAUGCAUUUACUCGUUCAGACACAAACCGACCCACCGACCCGCUUCUAUGCAUACAAUAUUCAGAUUGGGGUUAUGUAUUCACUCAUCAUAUUUAGCUGUAGGUAGGUAGGCAAGUAUGUACACAUACGUUUCAUCUAUCAGCUGCAAACUCUAUUCUUGCAAAUUUCCCCCAAGAAAUGGUCAAUUAUAGGAGUCGAUAAAAUGAGUGAUAUAAUUUCCACGCGGUUUGUCACGUAUUUUUUUCUACCUUCACACGAACCUAUGGAUGAUCCUACAUUGAAUCUAUGUAAAAAAGUUUGGGGUUGCAACCUGUUUCUCUACGUAACUUUUUUCUAUCUAUCAACGUCAAUAUUAUUCCUUUAGAGAACCUGGCCUUUCCUUGACCCAAGAUGAUUUUUCUUCGAGACAAAAAGUUUAUUUCCCCAUUUCGGGGACAGAUUUUCAGGAUGUUCCAGCUUACCUGGAUUUCAGGAUCAGUUCAUGAGUCUUUCCGAUUUUCGAAGUUUGGCACACUAGAAUAAAUUGCCUUCCAAAAAUGUGCAUUCAAUCUAUUCAUCGCUCAGGUUUGAGGAUCACGCCAGAUGUUCUUGAAUGAGAAACUGAAGGCUGUAGAGUUUCAUCUAACGUUCUUGACGUGCCCAAUCCCUUGAAGCCUCAAUGUGGUAGGCUUACCAGAAGUUGUAAACCAUUAGUUGUGUUUUCUUUUCAUUCAUCACGGAACGAGACGUCUCCUAUCCUAUGCUCAAUGUUGGUGGGUAGUUGAGAACAACUGGUUGACCUCACUGCAUGUGCCCUCUUUCAUUCGUUUUCUAUCUGUUCUCCCUGUCCGACAGAGACCCUCUCCGAGAAAGCAGAUGGUCUCCAUAUUUGGAAAACUCCUCGACUACUAAGCAAUAGAGUUGACACUGUUUAUUCUAAGGAUAAGAUUUUAAGGGUUUAUUGUGCUGUACGGUUAUUUUCGUUCCUUUCUUGUAAUUAGCCAUAGAAUGAUGCUACUCUUGUACUCUUCAAAGUUUCAUCACAUUAUAACGUGUUGCAAUCAAUUGUGGCAACUUGGUGACAACACAGCCAUGGUGAUUUUCCUCCCGGUUCCUAUGGGUUCGAAUUAUUAUUAUUACAUGACUGAUUCCAACCAUUGUUUAAGUUCGAUAGAAAUCCGUUCUGUCACUUGCAUGCACAUUUCAUAUGAGAACCAGAUUCCCGGUCUAGGCUUCGUUUCUAACAUUAUCAUGCCAGGGAAAAUCCUGCUGGUAUAGGGAGUAAACCUGAAGUACGUAUGAAAGGGUCAGAACUUUCAUUGUGUUUUGAGACAUGUACUACAUAUCUUUUCCUCUUCCCUCCUGGGGUUGAAGUUCACAGUCUUACCCCACCUUGUCAGCCACAAGAUGUGCUUACUAUAUAAUCAAAUCAUUUAAUCAUAUCUCUUACUCGACUAAUGAUUAAUCUGGAUUAGAUGUCACGGAGGAAGCUGUAUGGGCAAGCUAUCUGGAUUGUGGUUUUUGUCUGUUUAGUAAUAUCUACCCUUUUGUCAAGAUGCCGAUGAUUUUAAUAAUCGCCAGGAUCUGUGGAAUACAUAUCCGCAGGCUAUGGGUUUGGAUUGCUCUGAACCCGCAUCUUGUUCUUUCUAUCAUUUCUCGUGGAUUCCUUUCAAACCUCCUUCACAAUGUUUCCUGGUCAGGUACAAACCGGGCUGCAAGGUAUUCGCGAUAAACAAGAAAUCGCUGAAGCUCAGAGACAACUUUCAAAACUGCCAGCCCCCGGUGAUGAUCGCCCGCCGCUGGAUAGCUCAAGUUCUCUUCCAACUCGUUCUCAACCACCACCUGCACAUUAUUCCCAGCCACCUCUCCAGCUGCCAGCUCAACCCUCAUCCACACCUCCGCCACCGCCGCCAGCUCUGCCUACCACUCUUCCUGGACCUCCUGCUCCAAAUGUUCCUCCACAGACGCAGCUCCCCCAUCAAAACCUGCCCCACCAAUAUUCCUCCGAAGUGCCACAGGCUCAGGUUUCUUCCCUUUCAAUGGCAGCACCACGAGAAGCUUACUACCCUCCUCCUGGCCAGCCCCCUGCUGAGCCGCCGCAGCAGCACUACCCGCCGCCGCCGCCACCGCCUCAGCAAAACCAGCUGCCACCGCCGCCACCUCAGCAGACCCAGCUGCUGCCGCCACCUCAGCAUUACCCACCAGGAUCUCACCUGGCACAGUACUCGCAGCCGCCCCAGCCAUCCCAAUCUGUUCCUCCACAGCUGCAACCUCCAUUUCCUCAUCAACCCGAGGAGCCGCCACCGCCUUACAUGCUGCCGCCACAGAACUACCCAUCCAGCAUCCAUCAUCCACCUCAGCUGGCGACCAGGCCUCCCCAUUCCCAGCAGAUUUAUGGGCCCACCGCCAACAUCUAUGAGAACUCUUCAGGUAGUAGACAACAGGCCCCUGGGUAUGGUCCUGCAUUCUCUGACGCUUAUCCCUACAGUGGAUCGCCUUCCCGCUACACCACUGGGAGGGAGCCCUCUCCAUUUUCUUCUUCGUCUUCUUCCUCAGCUCAAUCUGGCGGUGGCGGCCAUCAGCACCUGCCGACUGCCCAGCUGCUGCCGGCGGCCCUGCCCACCGCAUCGAACUCUGGUGGUUCAUCGGGGAACAGGGUUCCAGUGGAUGAUGUGGUGGAGAGGGUGACUUCCAUGGGUUUUCCCAGAGAUCUGGUCAGAGAGAGAGUGAGGAGGCUCACAGAGAAUGGGCAAUCUGUGGAUUUGAACGUGGUGCUGGACAAGCUCAUGAAUGGCGAGGAGAGCCAGGCUCGGAAGGCCUGGUUCGGCAAGUGA